AUCUCCAGGGUCUACAAGUGAGAUCAUUACGUCAGCUGGCAUUAGUUAAACCUGGGUAGCUUCACAAUUCUCACCAGCACAGGAAGUGCAUUUUACAGCAUCCUCCACGCAGUCAGGCCAUCUAUCCCCCCCAUCGUGUCUCUCUCCACCUCAUAGACCCGUCUCAGUGGGAAUGGAGCCUACGUUCAAUGAUCGUGACGCACUCCUAGAACACGCCCCGGGCGAGCAUUUCACCCCCGAUCCUCAUGCUGACCUGCCAGUGUAUAUAACGAUCCACCGGAUUCGCAAGCUUAUCGUUUCCAGUAUAGAUGAUCCGUAUUCCCUGGAGCAGCUCCAGGAGCCACGGAUGAAUAUACUCAUUGUGAGGGCCCUCGUGGAUCGACUCUACAAUCCCAGUGACGUAUCUGUUGUGUAUUGUCUCCUCGUCAACCGGAUGCAAUUCCUUCGCGAACAGUCAUAUCAAGGCCACCUCCAGACAGUCAACAUCACUCGCGCUACUCUCUGUGAGCUCGUCGCUACCCGAGUUCUCCGACGUUUCGACGAUGACAACCCAGGUCAUGAGGGUCUGUUGUUGCUAGCCAACAUUCUCGUGGCUGGUUUUGAGCCUUUUCAAAACGCCCCUGAUGAGGUCCUGCAGAAGAAGCCCAGCGCCUUGCAAUGGCCAGUUCAGUGGAGAGGGGGCUACGAAAGGAAGCUGCCGGCCUUAGAGGUGGCCAUAAUCUCCGAAAGCAAAACCUUCCUCUGCUCUUCCGCCUGCCAGAAGGUGGUAGAUGCAAUCUAUCGAGGACAGGUCAUUUAUACGCCGCUAUCAUUUGUCGACAUCUUGCCCGAUCAUUACAAACACAACCCGAUUUCUCUCUACAAUCCUCAAAAAGCACCUCUUCUAAACCACUACCGGCUGAUCGUCCCACGGCUUCGCGGCAUGAUUGAAGUCUGCCAGUUUGCAGCCCUUUUAGUCCUGUACGUACUCACAAUGGUUAGCCGCGAAGGGCUUAAAAUUACGAUCUACGAAAUCAUCUUCUGUGCUUAUGCUACCGGUUGGAUACUAGAGGAGUUUGCUGCAAUCAUAGAGCACGGGUGGAAGGUUCAUACGCAGAAUCUGUGGUCAUUCUUAGAUAUUACGUUCUUCCUCAUCUAUGCUACCUAUUUUACGACACGGAUGUAUGCAUUGGCGAGCGGCCGUCUCCAUCUAGGGGAGGAUGCGCUCAACAUACUGGCUAUAGCGGCGCCGGUUCUCCUACCCCGUCUUGCAUUCAACUUGAUGCCAGACAACAUGCUUUUUAUCUCGCUCCGAGCCAUGAUGAGAGAUUUCAUGGUCCUAACACUGCUGGCAAUCUGGUGUUUUGCUGGCUUCUUUCUCUCCAUGAAGUGGCUUCUCGACGUCAGCAACCAGGAUGGCAGCCGCGACGCGCCCGACCCGGCCACCAUCUCUAAAUGGAUGCUCUGGAUCUGGUUUGGGCUUGAUGGGACAGGAAUCGAGCGCUCCGUGGACUUCCACCUUGUUCUCGGGCCGUCGCUCAUGAUCGCGUUCGCUUUUCUGGGCAAUACGCUCUUUCUGACCAUUCUUGUUUCGAUGCUCACUAAUACAUUCUCCAAGAUUGUUGCAAAUGCGACCGCCGAGAUCCAUUUCCGGCGGGCGGUGCUCACCUUUGAGGGCGUGAAAAGCGAUGCCAUAUUCGCCUAUCGCCCGCCUUGUAACGUUAUAGCGCUGUUGAUCCUCCUUCCGCUGAAGCUCCUCCUCUCUCCGCGAUGGUUUCACACUGUGAACGUUGCGAUGAUUCGCAUCCUUAACGCUCCCAUCCUUUUGCUUAUUAGCAUCUACGAGCGAAAUCAACUUUGGCGGGUGACCAACGGACGACCUCAUGGCCCGUCAAAACGCAGCAAGCUUUUCCCUUGGACCUUUUCUGGAUUUUCUCCUCAUGGAGACAUACAGGCGGUUUUCGAAACAGACCCCCCUGAGGCGAUCUUAGACAAGAUCGACUUGUUGACUGACUAUAUUGUAGAGAAUGACAUCAUUGCGAGGCCACUAAGGGAGUCGAGUCCAGAGCCUGUCUUGCAACGACGGUCUAUGGUUAGAAGCAGUAGAACGGGAUCCAGUCGCGCGACUUGAGAAUACCUUUCCAUCCCAAUGGACUUCGCUUCGAAGAGGGCAUAAUUGGUUCUUCGAGGCCGGCUUUGCACCAGCGUCCAUAUCCAAAUACCACCUUGGCAGGGUCAUCGUCAAUACUCCGUUGCUGCAUUACGAAAUUUCAUAAUGUCUGGAGUCCAUGAUUCAAGAGGAGCCGCGAUAGACUGGUAGUUCUGUCCUAGCUGUUUGGCAUCCCACUGGCUCGUCGGCACUGCAAUAUGCAUACUGGUGAUGUCAUGAUUAACAGCAUCAUGUGCCAUGGGCGUCUUCUGGAGCUAUAACCAUUGAUCUUCAAGAACAUAUCGGGCAGCAAGAAUACGAGGCGCCUAGUCAGACUUUACCGCUGUCUUCGAAGUCAAACCUCCCUAUAUAUGUCACCUUUGAUGCAGACAGUUAUCUAGUAGAAGA